AUGUCCCUCGGCUGGCUCUUCAGGCCGCUCGCCCUCGCCUCCACUCUCGCCUUCUCGGCUCUCGGCGCCCUGUCCACAAGAUACCAAAGAGCCAGGCUCUACUGGAACCUCAUUCUCUACCUGUCCGCCUUGGGCAUGGCCAGCACCUGGGGAAUCGUAGUUACCAUUCUCGCUACAGCUUCCGGUCAGAGGUUCAACAUCAAUUACUAUGUCGCCCGGACAUUCUACAAUGUCGCGAGACCGCUGGUGGGGAUCAAGAUUGAAGUCGAGGGGGAGGAGCAUCUGGACGAUCUCUUGACCGCACAUGGGGGCAAGGGUCAAAGUGCGGUGCUUCUGGGAAACCACCAGAGUAUGCUCGAUAUUCUCUAUCUCGGCCGAAUUCUGCCCAAGAGGUCGGCGAUCAUGGCCAAGAAGGAGCUCAAAUGGUCGCCAGUGUUGGGCCAGUUCAUGAGCCUCUCAGGAGCCGUUUUUGUGGACCGAAAGAACAGAACAGAUGCUGUCCAAGCCUUGGCAGUGGCUGGAGAAGCCAUGAAGAAAAAGGGUGUCUCUCUCUGGGUAUUUCCCGAAGGCACCCGGACAUCAUCUCCCGAAUCCAACCUCCUCCCAUUCAAGAAGGGUGCUUUCCACCUGGCUGUUCAGGCUCAGGUUCCUAUAGUUCCCGUGGUUUGUGAAAACUACUAUAGGCUGUUUGACGGUCGCACGCGCUUUGAGCCUGGAGUCUUGAAGGUCCGAGUCCUGGAACCGAUACCCACCAUAGGCCUCACUGUCGACGAUGUCACCUCUCUCGCCGAGUCGACCCGCGAAGCCAUGCUUCAAGCCCUUCGUGAGAUCUCCGUCCCAACGUCUUCUUCUUCCGGCCCCUCAACUUCAUCUGCCGGUAUCGCACCCCCUAUUUCAGCAAUCGUCACAGAUCCUCCUGCUGGCGCUCCCAUACAUCUCAACAUUUUUAACAACGACGCCCAGUCUGCGUUACGCCAGAGGCUUGCUCCAGGUUCGGGGGAGCAUAGUAGAGAAGCGAGCUCCGAGGGGUCAAAGAGGGGCGCGACGAGCAGGGAUGGCGAGACGACGGAGGAUGAGAUGGAUGAGGAUGCGGUGUUGAUGAAGAAGCCCACAGGGGCGGCUUAG